CCUCGAGCGCCGGCUGAGGCCGGUCCGGUCCGGUCCGGUCCGGUCCCCCCCCCGCCGGCCAUGGGCUGCAUCGGCUCCCGGAGCCCCGCAGCAAUUCUGGGGACCACCGUCUGUCUGAGGCUCAGGGACAGAGACUGCUGCUCCUACUAAAGGAUCGUGGAGGCCAACGGGAUGAGGGGGUGAGAUCAGAAGCAGGAUUAAAGAGUUUGAGAUUCAUCCUGCUGAAGUAUCCAGGAUCAGAGGUCCGAGAACCACCCGGAGACCCAAGUGUUCGCGGAUCCCACCUGGCGUGUGGAGUGGAUCGAGCUGCCCCGUGGCCGGGCCCUGACCCCCGUGGGAGCGGCGAGGACCCUGCUGGGCUGGAGCCACCCCUUCCGCCUGCCCUCCUUGGACAGUCAGGACUCGCUCGAGGUGAAUGUUCGAGACACAGUCGAGAUGCUGCCCAAGUCCCGGAGAGCACUAACCAUCCAGGAGAUUGCCGCGCUGGCCCGCUCCUCCCUGCAUGGAAUUUCCCAGGUGGUGAAGGACCACGUGACGAAGCCCACGGCCAUGGCCCAGGGCCGCGUUGCCCAUCUCAUCGAGUGGAAGGGCUGGAGCAAGCCCAGCGACUCUCCCGUCGCCCUUGAAUCUGCCUUCUCCUCCUACUCAGACCUCAGUGAGGGGGAGCAGGAGGCCCGCUUUGCAGCAGGGGUGGCGGAGCAGUUUGCCAUCGCGGAAGCUAAGCUGCGGGCGUGGUCCUCGAUGGACGGUGAGGACUCCGCGGAUGAAUCCUACGACGAGGACUUUGCGGGAGAAGCGGACAGCCUUCCGCCUACAGAGACGGCCGGGCAGCCGGCCCCGGGGCCCCACCUGCAGGACCUCCUCCUCCUCGGCCGGCGCUGCCCCCGGCCCGUGCGGCAGAGUUCCUGCGAGCCCGAGAGCGACUCCUCCCAGACCGUGUCCCCAGAGACCCUGUGCUCCAGCCUGUGCAGCCUGGAGGACGGGCUGCUGGGCUCCCCGGCCCGGCUGGCCCCCGAGCUGCUGAGCCAGGAGCUCCUCCUCUCCAAACUGCCCCCGAGCGGGGAAAGUGCCUUCCGGAGCCUGGGCCCGCUGGAGCGUCGGGACUCGCUCUACUCCGUGUCCUACACGGAGUCCUGCCUCACAGCCGCCGAGGACGAGGCCGCGUCCUGCAAGGACUGCCCCCUGCCACCCCCGCCCGCCGCCGGGAGCUGGGCGCUGCCCAGGAAGGCCUCCGACCUGGCCUCCUCGGGCGUGGUGUCCCUGGAUGAGGACGAGCCCGAGGAGCAGUGACCGCCCCUUCCCCCCGGCUGGUGACGGGCACGCGUCCCCCCGGUCCACGGGACGGCGGAGCCACCCUGGGGGGACGCCCCCUCCUCCGUUGUCUGUUUUGCAUGAAAGUGUUCGGAGAAGGAGGCGGGGGGGACCGUGGCUGGGGUGCGCAUGUCUUGCCCCCACCCCUGGGCUUCGCCGGGGGCCGCCCGGCGCCCACUCUCCGGUCGUGAUCGUCGUGUUCGUCAAACAAAUGAUGUCACACACGCCCUCUCCUCUCCCUCCCCAGAGACGGACGAGUCCCCUCCGGCCCCCUGCCCAUCGGGGGGGGGGGGUGUUGCUGACCGGAUGGGAAUGAGACGGAGGGAAGGGGCCGCUGUCCCUCUUUACCCCGUGUCCUUUUCGGCCCUCGCGCCAUCGCACUCCCCCACCUUCCCCCCGUCCACGUGGGCCCUGCCCCUUGGCCAAACCGGGCCCUGACCUUUGACCCCUGAUUCAGGACUGGCCAAGUGACCCCCCCCCCCCCCUCCUCGGAGCCCCUGGAGUGUAUGUGUGAGGGGGGAAUCUCUCAUUAAGGCGCAUUUAGGCCGGGCUUGGUGGUCCGAGGGGUCAUUUCAUCCCCACCCUGUCUUCUCCAGAUCGUUUUUCCUAAAACAAUGGGAUUUGGAGUGGAAAUACGAUUGAAUGAAUGAAUGAAUGAAUUUCCUAAGGUGGGGGGGGGCGGUGAGAGGGCAAGGCCGAGAGCGCGUGCCCAACUCUCGCGGGACUGACCUGUUGGCGGCCGUUAGAGAAGGGGCGGGGCCGGCCUCCUCCUCCCAUUGGCUGCCGGCCCUGGAGGGGGCGGGACCGGGCGGUGCUCUGCCGGUGAGUGGCGGGAGCCUCGACCAAUCGCAGGUGAGUUUCUCGGUGGGCGGGGCCGCCGCCCUUCUCUUCCCUCCCCGUCGCUUGGGGCGCCGACUUGUGGCCGCGGGCGGUAAGAGCGCUCUGGGGGUGGGGUAAGGGUCAAAGGUGGAUCACCGACGGGCACAGACAUUCCAGACGCAGGAGGCUCAUUACGUGUUUAUUUUGUUCUACUAUCGAAUUUCUUUUUAUUAAAUUAAUAGAAAAAAAAAUCUCUGUAAAUCUCUGUACAUCCGGCAGCCCGGA